UAUCAAUCGUACGUUUCAAUAUUCCAAAUUUCAUUUCCAUAAUUUUAACGCGUAGAUACGAACGUUUCUACAACGAACAAGAGUAUGAGAUAAUGGAGAGGUUCGUGAAGGACGAGAACAAGACGUUGGAGGACUACGAGAACAUGAUCAAGUAUUAUCAUGAAUUUAUGAUGAAUGUACCAGUUGAAAUCGAAAGAACAGCGUUCACUGGAUUAUUCCGACUGUCUCGGAAGGUCUUCAUCGAAACUAUUGUCGAGAACGUAGGUCGUAUUAAGAGUCUUCUUACAAGCAAACUGGUGGACCAUUACCAGGACAUGGCAAAGAAAGCUUCAGAAGAAUACGAGGCCAUAUCCGAGCGCGCGUUGAGCAUACCCACCAACACAGCCAGCCUGAUGGAGCUCAAGGACUUCAUUCGAGUCGCCAUAGAAGUUUCCCUGAAGAAUCUGGAGAUUCGACUUUACGACAUAGUCGAACACAUUAUCAUGUUAUCCAAUUAUCGCCUGCUUACGGACCACGAGAUCAAAAUUAAUAACGAGGCGUUUCAGUGGUAUCACAAGGUGCCUCACAUCUUGGCCGAAAAUGAGACUAUCGUUGCGAACAAGACUAUAGAAUUUCAGGACGCGCUGAAGGUGAGGUAUCAAAGGUUCCAGGAGGAACUGGAAUCGUAUGCCAAGCAAGUGGACGAGAUGCAAUAUUGGGGCGACAUUGCGGAGGUGUUCAAGUAUCAGAAGAGAGGUCAGAUACUGGAGAACAGGUUGAUCGCUGCCAUGGAGAAGAUCGACAGGUUUAACGAAGAGGAGGCAGCGUUCGGUUGGGAUAUUACGCAGUACCCUCGUCGCAAGGAGAUCGCUGAUCAGUUGAAACCCUUUAAGCAACUGUUCGACGCGGUUUGCGAUUUCUUGAAUAAGCACGAUCAGUGGAUGAAUUCGAUGAUCGGCUCUUUUAGCCCUGAACAGAUCGAUAAUGACGUUGGAUACGCGUACAGGACCAUCUACAGAUUAGAGAAAUUUUUCCAAGAACCGGACUUGAAGAAUCUGGCAUCCAAUGUCCGGGAAAAGAUCGAGGAAUUCAGAGAACGUAUGCCUAUUAUUCAUACUCUGGGUAAUCCAGGAUUAAAGGACCGUCAUUGGGAACAAAUUUCGGCCAUCAUCGACAUCCCAAUAAAAGUCGACGAAGAUUUAACGCUGGCCAAGGUUCUGGAGAUGAACUUGGACGCGUACGUCAGCCAGUUCGAGAGUAUUUCAGACAACGCCUCGAAGGAGAGUACCUUGGAGAGGGGUAUAGACAAGAUGCAGAAGGACUGGGCUGAUUUAUCUUUCACCGUAAAUCCCUUCAAGGACACUGGCACCUACGUGAUUGCGGGGGUCGAUGAUAUUCAGUUGCUUCUCGACGAUCACAUUAUUAAAGCCGUUACCAUCAAGAACUCCCCGAAUAUAAAACCCUUCGAGACGAGGAUACUGCUAUGGGAGGGUAAGCUGCACCUGCUGCAAGAAAUUUUGGAUCAAUGGCUCCGCGUGCAAGGGAUAUGGAUGUAUCUGGAGCCGAUCUUCUCGUCGCCGGAUAUCCAGCAACAAAUGCCGGAGGAAGGUAGAAAGUUCUCGGCCGUGGACAAAACUUGGCGCGACAUCAUGAAGACUGUCUACGCUGAUCCCCGUGUACUCGCUGUCGUCGAAAUCGAUAAGAUGUUAGAACGAUUGAAGAAGAGUUUCGGUUUGCUCGAGGAUAUACAGAAGGGAUUGAACGACUAUCUCGAGAAGAAACGGCUCUUCUUCACGAGAUUCUUUUUCCUGUCGAAUGACGAGCUGCUGGAGAUCCUAUCGGAGACCAAGGAUCCCACUCGCGUUCAACCUCACCUGAAGAAAUGUUUCGAGGGAAUAGACAGAUUGAAGUUCAACGAGGAUCUGGAAGUGUUGGCGAUGAGGUCGACAGAGGACGAAGAGGUCGAUUUAGUGGACACGAUAUCCACCGCCGCCGCUAGAGGACAAGUAGAGAAGUGGUUGAUCGAACUGGAAGCAAUUAUGCGCAAAAGCGUGCGACACGUUGUGGAACAAGCGAUACUUGCGUUCCCUACUAAACCGAGGAAAAUUUGGGUACUGGAAUGGCCAGGUCAAACGAUCCUUUGCGUUGGGAAAACUUAUUGGACCCUACGCAUAGAGGAGUCGAUGUUAUCCGGUGUGGAAGGACUAAAAAGAUAUCUGGACGAAUGUCAGAAUGACUUGAACGAGAUUAUAUUGCUCAUCAGGGGCAAACUAUCGAAACAAAAUCGAAUUACAUUAGAAGCCUUGGUUACGUUGGAUGUUCACGGGAAAGAUGUCCUGCAUUCGCUCUACAAACAGGAAGUGAUUAAGAACACCGAUUUCAGAUGGUUGUGUCAUCUGCGUUACUACUGGCUGGAGGAGAACAUGUGGGCGUACAUGAUAAAUUCCAGCCAAAGAUACGGUUACGAGUACCUAGGAAAUUCUUCGAGGUUAGUCAUCACUCCCCUGACUGAUCGAUGCUAUCGAACCCUGUUCGGUGCAUUGAGCCUGCACCUCGGCGGCGCACCGGAAGGCCCGGCCGGAACUGGCAAAACGGAAACGACGAAGGAUCUCGCGAAAGCGGUAGCCAAACAAUGCGUCGUUUUCAAUUGUUCCGAAGGAUUGGACUAUUUGGCUCUGGGCAAAUUCUUCAAAGGACUCGCAUCCUGCGGCGCGUGGUCCUGUUUCGACGAGUUCAAUCGAAUCGAUCUGGAAGUGUUGUCGGUGGUGGCACAACAGAUACUGACUAUUCAACGCGCCAUCAACAGCGGCGCGGAGAAAAUGGUGUUCGAAGGAACGGAGAUCUUCCUUGAUCCAACCUGCGCCAUCUUCAUCACCAUGAAUCCCGGUUACGCGGGUAGAUCCGAGUUACCGGACAAUCUGAAGGCGUUGUUCCGUCCCGUAGCUAUGAUGGUCCCAGAUUACGCGUUGAUCGCCGAGAAUACGCUUUACUCGUACGGUUUUUACAACGGCAGACCUCUGGCUGUGAAGAUCGUCACCGCUUACAGGCUGUGCUCGGAGCAGUUGAGCAGCCAGCAUCAUUACGAUUACGGUAUGAGGGCGGUGAAGUCCGUCCUGGUCGCGGCGGGCAAUCUGAAGCUCAGAUACCCCGACGAAUCGGAGGACAUACUGAUGCUGAGGAGUAUAAUGGACGUGAAUUUGCCCAAGUUCCUCGUUCAUGAUCUGCCACUUUUCGAGGGCAUCGCCUCGGAUCUGUUCCCUGGCGUGGUUCUUCCGACUCCGGAUUAUACCCACCUGAACGCGUGCGCGAGAGACGCUUGUGCCAAGGCUAACAUUCAAUGCACCGACUUCUUUCUGGAGAAGAUUCAACAGAUAUACGAGAUGAUGAUCGUUAGACACGGUUUCAUGAUCGUCGGCCUGCCGUUCGGCGGCAAAACAUCCGCUUAUAGGAUGCUGGCCAGUUGUCUGGGCUUGCUGGAGGACCGAGGACUGAUGGAGGAACGCCGGGUCGAGAUAACGGUUAUCAAUCCGAAAGCGAUCACUAUGGGCCAAUUAUACGGUCAGUUCGAUCCCGCCUCGCACGAAUGGAGCGACGGCGUGCUGGCUGUCAGCUACAGAGCUUUCGCUACGUCCACCAACCUGAAUAGGAAGUGGCUGGUAUUCGACGGGCCGGUCGACGCCCUUUGGAUCGAGAAUAUGAACACUGUGUUGGAUGACAAUAAAAAGCUUUGUCUGACCUCCGGGGAAAUUAUACAGUUGGCACCCACCACGAAUCUGAUUUUCGAACCUAUGGAUUUGGAGGUUGCAUCGCCUGCUACAGUGUCUAGGUGCGGAAUGAUUUACAUGGAACCCGUGAGUCUGGGUUGGACACCGCUUUUGACCUCCUGGUUGAACACCUUGCCAUCCACCUUUACCGAACACAUAAAAAUUCAUUUGAACGAAAUGUAUUUGAGAUUCUGUCCACCUCUUCUGUAUUUACUUCGUCGAUUCGACUUGAGGGAACUGAUCACGAUGCCAGACGCCAACAUGGUCAGAUCGCUGAUGUAUUUGUUCGACUGUUUCCUAGACGAUUUUUACGACGAGAAGUAUCUUCAAACAUUAUCGGAUUUAGACAUGAGAGCACAAAUAGAGGGUUGCUUCUUCUUCUCCUGUAUUUGGUCGUUGGGUGGCACAUUAACGGCCGACUCUCGCCAUUCGUUCAGCGAUCUCUUCAGGGCGUUGACCGAGAGGGAAUUUCCCGAAGAUGCGAGAGAACGUUUCGAGAUAUCCGAGGAAACUACGGACCCAACAAAACCGUACGUGGUCAGUUUACCUAUAACUGAUCUGGUGUUCGACUAUAAAUACGUGAAAGAAGGUAGGGGCAAAUGGAGGCCUUGGAAAGAGGAUCUGCUAGACCUUCCACCUAUACCCAAAGACGUACCAGUGAAUCAGAUCAUUGUACCAACGAUCGAGACUGUCCGAUACGUGCACCUCUUUAAGUUGCUCAUUUGUCAUCAAAAGCCUGUUCUGUUGGUCGGCCCAACGGGUACAGGGAAGUCCGUGUACAUGAUGGACUUCCUGCUGAAGAAAAACGAUCCGGACACCUACAAGCCACUGUUCGUAAUAUUCUCAGCGCAAACCAGUGCCAAUCAGACCCAGGAUAUCAUCAUGAACAAGUUGGAUAGAAGGAGGAAAGGACUUUACGGAGCACCGCCCGGAAAAUAUUGGGUGAUCUUCGUGGACGAUCUUGCCAUGCCUCAGAAGGAAGAAUACGGCGCGCAGCCACCUAUAGAGUUGCUAAGACAGUGGCUGGAUCACUGGACGUGGUACGAUUUAAGGGAAGUCGCGCCCAUACACUUAGUGGACGUUCAGUUAGUUUGCGCGAUGGGUCCUCCAGCCAGCGGACUGGACGUUACACCCAGAUUUAAAAGGCACUUCGUCACUCUGGGCAUUUCAGAGUUCUCCGACGACGUCCUCACCACGAUCUUCUCUGCCCUGAUGUCCUCGCACUUGGAACAUUAUGAGUUUCCCGAUUUGUUUCUACCUUGCGUCGACUAUAUUGUUCUAGGCACGCUGGACAUUUACAAGGAGACAAGAAAGCACCUUCUGCCAACUCCAGCCAAGUGCCAUUACUUGUUCAACCUGCGAGAUUUCUCGAGGGUGAUUCAAGGAGUGCUGCUGUCCAUGCCUGAAACUGUUCUUGAACCUGUUGGCAUGAAGCGAUUAUGGGUGCACGAAGUGUUACGAGUCUACGGGGAUCGGUUAAUAGACGACGCCGAUAUCACGUGGCUAGUCGAGCAGAUACGAAAAACCGUGAGGGAGCACAUGGAAGAUGAAUUGGAUCACAUGUUUCAGGAUUUACUUACCGAAGCAUCUACGUCUGUGACGGACGUUGAUCUACGAAAUCUAAUCUACUGCGACUUCCAAGAUCCAAUAGCGGAUAGAAAGCUGUACGUAGAGGUGGCAGAUUUAGAUCACCUGGCUAUUGUAGCUGAAGAGUAUCUCGAGGAAUAUAAUUCCAUUUCCAGAACACCUAUGAAUUUAGUACUUUUCAGAUUCGCCGUAGAGCACCUCUCGAAGAUCUGUCGAGUACUCAUGCAGCCCCGAAGUCACGCGUUGCUGAUAGGUGUCGGAGGUUCCGGCAGACAAUCGCUGACCAGACUAGCAGCUCACAUAGCCGACUACGAGUUGUUCCAAGUAGAAAUGUCUCAGAUGUACGGUUCGCACGAAUGGCACGACGACCUGAAGAAUAUCUUGAGGAAAAGCGCCGCUAGCGAGUUGCACACCGUCUUCCUGUUCCUGGACACGCAGAUUAAGGAGGAGGGAUUCCUAGAAGACAUCAGCAACCUGCUGAAUUCCGGGGAGGUCCCGAACAUAUUCGCCUCUGACGAGAUGUCCGACAUUUGCGAGAAGAUGCGAGUGAUAGAUCGGCAGAGAGACAGAUCCUUGCAAACUGACGGAAGCCCUGUGGCUCUCUUCAACUUCUUCGUGCAGACGGUUCGCGAGCACCUGCACGUGGUCGUCACGAUGUCCCCCAUCGGUGACAAUUUCCGUAUCAGAAUCCGAAAGUUUCCAGCCUUGGUGAAUUGUUGUACGAUAGACUGGUUGCAUCCUUGGCCCGAAGACGCUCUGCUCGCUGUGGCUACCAAAUUUCUGGGCGAAAUCGACCUGACGCAGAAAGAGGAAGCAGCGUGUAUCGAGAUGUGUCAGUUCUUCCACACGUCCACGCAAGAGCUAUCGCAGGAGUUCCUGAGGAAGACCAAGAGGUACAACUACGUUACGCCCACCUCGUACCUGGAACUCAUCAACACUUUCAAGGACCUGCUGGCGAAGAAGAGGAAGGCGACGAUCGAAGGAAAAAAGAGGUACGAGGCGGGUCUGAUGAGGUUGGACAGUACUCACAAGCAAGUGGAGAAAAUGCAAGAAAUGCUAGUCGCUCUGCAACCGAAACUCCUUAUCGCCGCCAAGGAUGUGGAGAUGAUGUUGCUCAGCGUUCAAAAGGAAAGCGACGAGGUUGCAGCCAUGGAGCAAGUCGUUAAGCUGGACGAGGAGGCUGCUAUGGUUGUGGCCAACGAAGCGGAAGCCAUUCGAGCAGAAUGCGACGCCGACUUGCAAGAAGUAAUGCCUAUACUGAACGCGGCUAACGACGCCUUGAAUACUUUGACCCCGCAAGAUAUUCAGAUAGUGAGAUCCAUGAAGCGACCACCAGCCGGUGUUCGAUUGGUCAUGGAAGCAGUCUGCAUACUAAAGGAUGUGAGACCCGAGAGGGUGCAGACUCCGGAGGGAACCGUGGAGGAUUACUGGAGGCCUUCUCUUCGUCUGUUGAGCGACAUGAAAUUCCUAGAGUCCUUGUUGACGUACGACAAGGAUAACAUUCCAGAGAGGAUCAUGACGAGGAUCCGGAAUACCAUCUUGACUAACCCUAACUUUGAUCCCGAGAGGAUCAGACACGUGUCCACAGCUUGCGAAGGUCUCUGCAGAUGGGUGUUCGCGUUAUCGGAGUACGACAAAGUGGCCAAGAUCGUGGCGCCCAAGAAGCAGGCCCUGGCCAUAGCAGAGGCUGACUACUCGCAGGCGAUGGACCAGUUGAACUUGAAAAGACAACAGCUACAAGAGGUUAGAGACAGACUCGCGAAACUGGAAGAACUGUUGCAGCAACGAAGAGCCGACUACGAGGCAAUGAACGACGAAGUAAAAGACUGCGAGGAGAAGUUGAGAAGAGCCAAAGAGCUAAUUGGAGGUCUGGGUGGAGAGUACACCAGAUGGUCCGACACUGCGAAAAUGCUGGGUGAACGUUAUUACACCUUGACCGGGGACAUUCUCAUAGGUUCUGGAAUCGUUGCCUAUCUGGGAGUGUUCACGUCGCAAUAUAGACAGCAACAGAUCGAGAACUGGGUCCAGAUCUGCACCGAUCUCGACGUGUUCUGUACCCAGGACUAUCAGCUCACCCAGGUCCUGGGUGACCCCGUGCUCAUACGCUCUUGGAACAUCUUCGGCUUGCCCACUGAUCUCUUCUCGGUAGACAACGGAAUAAUCGUGACGAACUCCAGACGAUGGCCGCUGAUGAUCGAUCCUCAAGGACAGGCCAACAAGUGGGUGAAGAAUAUGGAGAAAAAUAACAACGUCCACGUGAUCAGAUUAGCUCAGAGGGAUUAUAUGAGAAUUCUGGAAAACGCUGUACAGUUUGGACAGCCGGUACUCUUGGAAAAUGUUGGCGAAGAGCUCGAUGCUGCUUUAGAGUCGCUUUUAAUGAAGCAGACAUUCAGGGCUGGAGGCACCGUAUGCAUCAAGAUCGGAGAUUCCAUCAUCGAGUACUCUGAAAACUUUCGAUUCUACAUCACGACAAAGCUACGCAAUCCUCACUAUCUACCGGAGGUGGCAGUGAAAGUAACGCUGUUAAACUUUAUGAUCACCCCGAUUGGUCUACAGGAUCAAUUAUUAGGUAUCGUAGUUGCGAAGGAGAGACCCGAUCUGGAGUCCGAAAAGAAUCAACUGAUCGUUCAAGGAGCCGCCAACAAGAAAAUGCUGAAGGAGAUCGAGGAUCAGAUACUGGAAGUCUUGUCGACCUCCCAGGAGAACAUUCUCGAAGAUGAGACUGCGAUCAGCGUAUUGAGCUCCUCGAAGACGCUGUCCGACGAAAUUCUAGCUAAGCAAACGGUUGCAGAAGUCACUGAAAAAUCUAUCGACGCUGCGAGAUUAGAGUACACUCCUAUCGCUGUUUAUAGCACUGUUCUCUUCUUUACUAUUGCCAUGUUAGCGAACAUCGAUCCGAUGUAUCAAUACUCCUUGGUCUGGUUCGUGAAUCUCUUCAAGCAGACGAUCGAUAAUACGGAUCCUGUGGAGGAUAUAGCGCAACGACUGAAGGACCUCACGAAACACUUCACGUACUCCCUUUACGUGAACAUCUGUCGAUCGUUGUUCGAGAAGGACAAGCUUUUAUUCUCGGUGUUGCUUUCGGUGAACCUGCUGAACAAGCAGGGAGCGAUCUCGAUUCCUCAAUGGAUGUUCUUAUUGACCGGAGGCGUUGGCCUUGAGAAUCCUUUUGCGAAUCCGACGAAUUGGCUGCCCGCGAAAUCUUGGGACGAAUUAUGUCGCUUGAACUUUGUCCCGGGCUUCGAGGGAUUCAAAGACGCGUUCACGAAAAACAUAAACAGCUGGAAGGUCGUCUUUGAUCAUAUGGAGCCGCACACACUGCCUUUUCCCGAGCCUUACGAGAACCUCACCCCUUUCGAGAGGAUGCUCGUGCUGAGAUGUGUUCGCCUUGACAAAGUCGUGCCUGCCGCCCAACAAUUUGUAGAAGAACAAUUGGGACGACAGUACGUCGAGGUACCGCCCUUCGAUCUCGUGUCAUCUUUCGCGGACUCGUAUUCCUGUAUUCCCCUCAUAUUCGUGCUGACGCCUGGCGCCGAUCCCAUGGCGAUUCUACUGAAAUUCGCCGACGAUCAGGGUUUCGGUACCAACCGACUCUUCUCUCUGUCUUUGGGUCAAGGACAAGGAGUUAUCGCCGCUCAGCUUAUCGACGAGGGCGUGAAAAAUGGUACCUGGGUGGUUCUACAGAAUUGUCAUCUUGCCAAGAGCUUCAUGCCACAGCUGGAAAGGAUUUGCGAGAGCUUCACCCCGGAAUCUGUGCAUCCUGAUUUUCGAUUAUGGUUGACGAGUUAUCCCGUGGACCACUUCCCAGUCAGCGUGCUUCAAAACGGUGUUAAAAUGACGAACGAGCCACCGAUGGGGUUGCGAGCGAACAUAAUCAGGUCGUUCUUGCAGGAUCCAAUAUGCGACGAAGACUUCUUUGAGACAUCUCAUCAGCAGCAGACGUUUAAGAAGCUGCUCUUUUCCCUGUGUUUCUUCCACGCGAUCGUCCAGGAACGAAGGAAAUUCGGACCCAUCGGAUGGAACAAUCAGUACGAAUUCAACGAGACUGAUUUGCGUAUCAGCGCCUUGCAGUUGAAGAUCUUCUUGGACCAAUACGACGAUGUUCAAUUCACUGCUCUGAAAUACCUGACUGGCGAGUGCAAUUAUGGCGGUCGUGUAACGGACGAGUGGGACAGGAGAACUUUGGUCACGAUCCUCUCGAAAUUUUAUUGCCCGGAGGUGAUCGCGACGGAGAAAUACCUCUUUGACCCGAGCGGUAUAUAUUUUGUGCCUCAAGUUACCGCACACAGCGAGUUUCUCGAGUAUGUUAAAUCUUUUCCGAUGGCCACCGCGCCCAGCGUCUUCGGGAUGAACGAGAACGCUGACAUCAUCAAGGAUCAGCAAGGAACUACUUUAAUGUUAUCAUCGAUAUUAGCUACUCAGGACACCGGAGAAACGGAAACAGACACAGGAAAAUCACCCGACGAGACCGUCUACGGGGUGGCGUCUGAUAUUCUGUCAAGGUUACCGGACGAUUUCGACCUGAUCGUUGCACUGGAGAAGUAUCCGACGUUGUACAAUCAAAGCAUGAACACGGUGUUGGUACAAGAAAUGGGAAGGUUCAACAAGCUUCUGCGAACGAUCAGGAGUAGCCUGGUGAACGUUCAGAAAGCGAUCAAAGGUUUGGUGAUCAUGAACUCGGACCUCGAGGAGGUGUACGUGUCGAUAAUCACUGGAAAAAUACCGAAGAUGUGGAUGAGGAACUCGUAUCCGUCUUUGAAACCUUUAGGCAGCUACAUACAGGACUUCUUGAGGAGGCUCGACUUUCUUCAGUUGUGGUACGACGAAGGACCGCCAACAGCCUUCUGGAUCUCCGGUUUUUACUUCACUCAAGCGUUCCUCACCGGCGCACGCCAGAAUUAUGCGAGAAAAUACUCGAUACCCAUUGAUCUGCUUAUCUACGAUUUCGUUCCCUUGAAGGAAACCGUUUUCGAGGAACCACCGGCCGAUGGAGUGUACGUUUACGGUUUGUUCCUCGACGGAGCUCGUUUCAACACGACGACGAUGAAACUCGACGAGUCCUUGCCGAAGAUUUUGUACGAUACUGUUCCCUAUAUUUGGAUGAUACCAACGAAAAAGGACGACGUGGUAGACAGACACACUUACACCUGUCCCGUAUACAAGACCACCGAGAGAAAAGGUGUUUUGUCGACGACCGGACACUCGACCAACUUCGUAAUCGCCAUAUGGGUCCCGACGGACCAUCCGCCGGACCACUGGGUUCUACGAGGCGUAGCCAUGCUCUGCCAAUUGUCCGAUUAAACCGAUUUCUUUCCAACAACGUUUCUAUUCGUUAGCUAUUUUAGAAA